AUGGAAGCAGAGAAUCUCGAAGACGAGUUGCCGUACAGCCAGCGGGAGUCGUGGAAGGAUAUUUCUCCCAUUCCGCAAAACGACGGUCCACAUCCUCUUGCAGUGAUAAAGUAUCCGUUGGGCUUCGAAGAGGUUCACAGCUAUUUUCGGGCGAUUCAGCAGCGCAAUGAGACCAGCGAGAGGGCACUGCACUUGACUGCUGAUGUUAUCGAGCAUAACUCAGCCAACUACACCGCUUGGUACUAUCGGCGGCGGUGCCUCAAAGAUUUGGGCAUCGACCUGGAAGAGGAGCGCGUGUUCACUGACAAGUGGGCUAGAGACUGCCCGAAGAACUACCAGGUCUGGUACCACAGGCGGUGGCUCGUGUCGGAGAUGGCGGCGCGAGCCCGUGCCCACACGCCAGGCCCAGAAGCCGAGGCGACCAUCCAGCAAAUAGCCAAGACCGAGCUGGACUAUCACUUGGAGUGCAUGCGGGUGAACAGUGACUACAAGAAUUACAACGGCUGGUCUCACCGACAGUACAUACUGCAGCACUUCAAUAUGUGGCAUGAAGAGCUCCCUUUCGUGGAGCUCUUGUUGGAAGAAGACAUCCGCAACAAUUCUGCCUGGAACCAUAGGUACACAGUGGUUCGAAAUCAAAGCUGGCCACUGACAGACAGCAUUCGUGAUCGUGAGCUGGCUUUUGCCAUGCAAGCGAUCCGGAAAUGUGCAAGCAAUGAGUGUGCCUGGAACUAUUUGUCCGCAUUCCUGGGCGAAGGAGAUGGGAAGGUUCCCUGGACUUCGGCACCGGCGCUUGAGAUGCUCUGUCGCGAGGUGAUUCAUGCCGCAGAGAAUCAGGGCCCAUCCUGCUGCUUUGCCAUCCAAGCCCUCGCCAACAUCCACGAGGCAAGGGGAGAAGUCCAAGCAGCCCUUGACCAGUACGAGAGGCUGAAGGAACUGGAUAGAAUACGGGCGAAGUAUUGGUGUUGGCGUGCCGAUUAUUUGAAGCAGAAGGUGAAAGGCAUCAGCUGA